GAUAUCCGCAUCGCCUUUCAAAAAUCGUCUCAAGGUACCAACUCGACCCAGUGGAGGUCUCGGCUUCACUGUGCCUCGGUCGAUUAAUACCUAGAGUGUAUCUGAUUCCUCCCUCAUCCAUUCUUUGCUUAUUUUCGCGGCGGAAAGGCAAUCGGGGUCUUGUUUGGUCCCUCUCGUCGCGAUCCCAUCCUUUCCUGAUCUCCCCUCGGGCCUCACAUCAAAAUCUAUUUGGCCACCGGUUCUGAACAAGCUCAAACACCACCCUCAACCCCCACAAGCCAUUGAAUAUCCACUAUUCAGUCGCAAACUAAACAUUUUUCUACUCGGUCGUUCCCAGGGUCAAUUCAGAACGCCCGUUUCGUUUGAGGGGAUCGCGUCGACGCAAGUACUGUCAACCCUGUCACCCGUUGCAGCUUUUGCGCAAACAUGAGCGCCGACGAGAACGGAGAUACCCCAAUGAUGCCGGCCCCCAACGGCGAGCCCCAUCCUGACGCCUCAGCGACCGCGACCCCGGCGAAGAGAAAGCGGUCUGCCCAGGAGGAGAACUUGGCUGUCGACUCCAACACGUCCACCACGUCGCGUGAUAAAGCAACUCUCCAUGAGAAUCUACGCAGCCUCGUGGGCCUCCUUAUCAAACAUGACACUGAGCUUCAGCUUCUAUCCUGCCCCUUCCCCACGUCCGGAAUGAAGCCACGAGCGAAGCGCGCCAAAACUUCAAGCGACCAAGAAACAACCAACGUACAAAUUCGAGUCGAGUCCGGUCGUUAUAACACACUGCAAGAGUUCUUGGCCGAUAUUGAAAAGGCCUCUGCAGCCGUGAUCGAGCGCAACCAGAACCAGUCAAAUGGCACCAAAGCUGAUGGCACACCCUUGACGGAGGUGGUGAACCGCAUCGCGGCUUUCAAAAAACAUAUGAACAGCCUCGUUGGUCAAUCCUUUGUCAAUCAAACCGAGGUCAAGGCCGAAGCCUCCGAGGACGAGGCCGAACAAUCAGCGGAGGCUCUGGCAUCCAUUCCAGGUGCUCGGGAGGACCGACAGGCAUUGACAUUUUUCGGUUCGAACCCUUCGAGCCAAACAAAUCCGAAGCAGUUGUUCUCGAGUCUGCAAAAAUCGGUCAAGGUACCAUUACAAUCCUCUGAAUCCGACGUGGAAAAAUUCGUCGAAGUUCAAGAGCAACUUCGCGAGACCGCCCUCCCCGCCGGUAUCAUAUCCACCAAGGUGGUUCCUUACAAUCUCAAUGUCACAAAGCCACAAAAGAGGACCUUUGGCGAAGUUUUUGCUCCUCGCUCAGGCCUGCCACACAUGCAGCCUCCGCGCACGCGAGGUCAUCGAAGCUCUUCAGCAUCCUGGAUUGAUCCGUUUGAUGCCGUCUUCGAUACGAAAAACUUCUUGGGAGAUCGCAAUAGCUACUGCCUGACACCCCUCCCUGCUGGCCAAUGGCUACACUACGGCGGCGUAACAUCGUCGCCUUCAUACUGGGCUCGUGUGGAGAAGCAGCAUGCCGAGGCAGACACCGGCCCGAAGCACGGGGAUCCUGCACUUUGGACUGGCGAUGACCCUUCAUUGCUGCAGGGUGUCUUCUCAUCAUUUGCCCCGUCCUAUGACAGCUCGGGGGCUGUUCUGCAGCUUGAUGCGAAGGACUCGGUGUGGUGGGAGAAGCGAGGCGCAAAGCGCUUGCGGACUUUGCUCUCUCUCCAAGAUGAGGAAGUUGAAACAUCAGUGGUGCAGCCUGGCAGCAUCGGUGACCUCGAUGAGAGCACGCUCGAUGAAAUGGUGAAACAGUUCAAUCCCGAUGAUUUCGCUUAUGACCCCACUCAAGACGAACCCAGCAAAGAGGACCCUGAAUCUCGAGAGGUCGAAGAGUUGCUCCAAGAGAUUUCUGAAUUGCUAGACACUUUGAGCUCGUAUCAGAAAAUCCGCAAUCUCCACAUUCCCUCCUCGGCAGGCGAAACCUCAGAAUCAAACGAGCCUGUCACCCCCAUGUUCGGUACUCCUGAAAGCCCCUCCGAAGCUGAGCGAACUGUCUACGAAACCCUCAAGGCGAGUCUGUACGCCAUCAUCAACAAUCUUCCUCCAUUUGCAGUUGCGAAGCUCAAUGGCGAUCAACUUGCCGAGCUAAACAUCAGCCAAAAGAUCCUCGUCGAGAAUCCGGAUUACAGCGGCACCAUGGAGAAGGAUGACUACACAUUGCAUCAGGAUCGUGCAGCAGCAAUUGCCGCUGCCGCUGCCGCUGCCACAAAUGCUGCGACCGCUGCGUCGAAUGCCAUGAACCGUGCCUCGACGCCUUCUGGAGCUCGACCUGGAUACCAACAAACCCCACAAAGCGCAUACAACCAACGUGUUGUCCCUCCUAAUCCUCAGAUGUCACAACCCAGGCCUGGUUUCCCGGUCCCACAACCAGCGCGACAGCCCUCCGCGGGAGGCUCAUACACCCCAGGCUAUACUGGAGCUCGGCCCCCGAGCACUCCUGCGCAACAACGGCCCGGCUACAUGCCUCAGCAGUACUCCCAAGGGAACCCACAGCACAGUCAAGUGAACAACACGCCACAGUUCCAACGGCCCCCGUCUAAUGGCUACACGCAAUCUCCACAACAAUACACUCCGCGACCUGGGCAACCGGCUGCUACGUACAAUGCCACACCCCAGGCACGCACACCUUACGCCAAUGCAGGCGCCCCUCAGCCAUAUCAAAAUGCAACCCGUACACCGUCGCAGACUGCGUUCCCGAAUUCGGCUGCCGCGGUGAUUUAUGCCCGCAGUGCUGCUGAACAGCAGGCCACAAAGGCGGCUCAGCUUGCAGUCCAGCAACGGCAAAGUCCCUCGACUCCGCAGCCUCAUGGUCUUGAAGCUCGCUCGUCCCAUGAGGGUAGCCUUACUCCCGGCAAGCAGAACGGUACUCCCGUCCCAGCACAACAGGCGACCUGA